AAUACCUCCAGAAAAGGACCUCGGGGGGUGGAAAAGCAACUGCGAAAUAGCAGACGGAGAAAUUCCUCUGGAAGUUAUUCCGUAGCCUAAGAGCAGAAACUUCAGAGCAAGUUUUCAUUGGGCAAAAUGGGGGAACAACCCAUCUUCAGCACUCGUGCUCAUGUCUUCCAGAUUGACCCAAACACAAAGAAGAACUGGGUACCCACCAGCAAGCACGCAGUUACUGUGUCUUAUUUCUAUGACAGCACAAGAAAUGUCUAUAGGAUAAUCAGUUUAGAUGGCUCAAAGGCAAUAAUUAAUAGCACCAUCACCCCAAACAUGACAUUUACGAAAACAUCUCAGAAGUUUGGCCAGUGGGCCGAUAGCCGGGCAAACACUGUUUAUGGACUGGGAUUCUCUUCUGAGCAUCAUCUUUCAAAAUUUGCAGAAAAGUUUCAGGAAUUUAAAGAAGCUGCUCGACUAGCAAAGGAGAAAUCACAAGAAAAGAUGGAACUUACCAGUACACCUUCACAGGAAUCGGCAGGCGGGGAUCUUCAGUCUCCUUUAACACCAGAAAGUAUCAAUGGGACAGACGACGAAAGAACACCUGAUGUCACCCAGAACUCAGAGUCAAGGGCUGAACCAACUCAGAAUGCAUUGCCAUUUUCACAUAGUUCAGCAAUCAGCAAACACUGGGAGGCCGAACUGGCUACCCUCAAAGGAAAUAAUGCCAAACUCACUGCAGCCCUGCUGGAGUCUACUGCCAAUGUGAAACAAUGGAAACAGCAGCUUGCUGCAUAUCAAGAGGAAGCAGAGCGUCUGCACAAGCGGGUGACUGAGCUUGAAUGUGUUAGUAGUCAAGCAAAUGCAGUGCAUACCCAUAAGACAGAAUUAAAUCAGACAAUACAAGAACUGGAAGAAACACUGAAAGAAAAGGAAGAGGAAAUAGAAAGAUUAAAACAAGAAAUAGAUAAUGCCAGAGAACUCCAAGAACAGAGGGACUCUCUGACUCAGAAACUGCAGGAAGUAGAAAUUCGGAACAAAGACCUGGAGGGACAACUGUCUGACUUAGAGCAACGUCUGGAGAAAAGUCAGAGCGAACAAGAAGCUUUUCGUAAUAACCUGAAGACGCUCUUAGACAUUCUCGAUGGGAAAAUAUUUGAACUAACAGAGUUACGAGAUAACCUGGCCAAGCUUCUAGAAUGCAGCUAAGGAAAGUGAAAUUUCAGUGCCAAUUGAUUAAAAAAUACACUGUCUCCCUUCAUAGGACUGUUUGGGCUCUGCAUCAAGAUUGCACAAAAAAUUUAAAUAUCACUCCUCCGGGAGGAGGAUUUUUUUGAAAAUUGGAAUUGUAUAUUUCAGUGUAAAUUUUAGAAUCCAGCUUUUAGCUAGUUGGGGAAAAAAGAGAUGAAACACUUGAACUACAAAUUACCUCCAUGUAUAUUAUUGGCCAUAGUUAACUAGAAAAUUAUAAAUAGACACUUAAUGCAAUCCUUUUCUUCUUUUUCCUGAUAUUAGCCAAUGGGAGAAUUAAUAAUGUCUGGGUCACAUCCCCCUUUUGUGUUCAACACAGUGAAGGCUAUCUGCUUUUUAACUUAAUUUAUUUAUGAUAUCUAAAGCUGUGUUUUGUGCAAAAAAACUUAGUGACGAAAGCCCUGUCUUUUGUUAUAAUCUGAAUAAUUUCUCAGGAUAUUUUUGCACUGUUGAGAAGCAGUGUCAUUACCAGUUAAUUCUUGCCAGGAGUGAGAGAGAGCUGCAUCUUUAAUUGAAACAUGCUUGCUGUGACGGGGUGUAUAGAGCUCUUCCCCUUUUUUACGCGGGAAGAUAUUUCACUCUGGUGACCACUCUGCUACACUCUGGUGUUCUCUAACCUUGUCACUGUAUAGUUUACUUUUCCAUAUUGAUUCCAUGUAUUUAUGAGAAGAUACUGUCUCCCAUUUUAUUACACAUUUUAAAGCCAACUAACGAAGGCAGCUGAGUCCCUCAGAAAUUUUUCUUUUUAAAUUUCUAAUAAAUUUGACACAGUACUGAAAUGCAGCAGCCCGUCACUGACGGUCUGGUCUAGCAAUGUUAAGUAUAUUUACAGAAUAUGCAGUUACCUUUAUUUAUAUAUUUUGCAAGAAAUCUUUUCUGAAUGAUCAACGCAUUUCAAUUUACAAAUAAUUAUGGUUAUUGGGGAACUGUUUAUUACAGAUCAUUUUCAGGUGUAUAGCUAUUUUAAAAGGGAUCCAUUUCCAUCAAACAGCUGAUCAGAGGACUAUUGGGAUUGAGCCGUGUACUCUGUCUGGAUCUUCACGCCAACCAUCUCUCUAGUCAAACCUCACAAGGCAAUAUUCUGAACUGUUAACUAGGCAUUUCAACACAGGAAUUCAAUUCAAUAGGCUCUUCUCAGUGAACAGGUUUUAAUGUUGUUUUGAUGUAAUUUUAAAAGACUUUUAGCAAAGAUGCAUUUCUUUAUAUAUUUCUUUUAAGAAGCUAUUUUAAAAGUAAGGCACGUGCUGUUUAGUCUGCAUAAGGAGUAGGAGUUGCAUCAGAGUCCAUGUAUUCUCGCUGUACAAUGCCUGCGAUGUGGAGGAGGGUUCUUUUUUAAAGUGUAUGCUGGGAAUCUGACUCUGAGGAGUCUACAAAGUGCACUGACUUUUGGUUUGUACCCCCAAAGGAUUGAAUUGUCAAGAACAAAAUUAAGCUAAUUAAUCAAUUUGUAACCAUUUUUUCACUCACAAAUAGCUACUCAGCAUAAGCAAUUUUGUUUUAUAUAUGUAUGUGUAUGUAUGAAAAUACAUACAUAUUAAUUUAUAUUAGAGUGAAAAAUAAAUGGUUUGUUUCUAAAGUUAGUUUCUAAAGUGAGUUUUCAGAUGUCUCUGAAAAGUUUUUAUCAGACACUUAAUCAUCAUGUAUUAUAUGUGCUAUGACAUCAUGUGAGUUACCUCCAUCUAUUUUAAGGUAUUUUCCUCACCUAUGUAUUACAGGGAAGGUAAUGUAGGUACACAAGCUCAGAGCUGAGAUAUUUCUCUGACAAAUCAGGUAAUAAAAUUUUAUUUAAUUGAUAGAAUUUUGAAGUAGAUGUGAUUUUAUCUAUCAGUUUCUGAGUAACAAAGAGCACCAGAUUUUGACUUAAAUAGGGGAUCAGGGAAUGUAGAUAUGAAGAGUUAAAAAUAAAUAAACAGUGUAAGCUGUUGAAAUGGUAAGUGAAUUAUUUUAAUGAUGUAAUAAGAUAUUUUUAAAUUUUGACAUAGUUAUUAUAUAGUGGGAAAAUAAUUCAUCAAAAUGUCUCCACUUGAGUUGUAUUGAUAUGUGAGAUGUGUGUAACUCAAUAUAUACAUAUACCCAUAUGUAUAUACAGAAAAUUAUUUUUAAUAUUUUCCUACUAUAUGAAAUUUAAAAUUGGAAAUUUUCUGAGUUUUUUCCUUGUCCAAUAGAGCCUAAUUUUUUUUAAAGUGAUCUAACAAUUUCUUGAGGGCUGCACCUUUAAAUUCCCAGAUUGUCAUUAGAUGUGUACAGUAUAUGGGAUAAGGUGGACACAAGUGCACAUAUAAAUAAAAAUCUUAAGACUAUUUUAAACAUUGAUUUAUGGUAGGAGAGUAUCUAGAGUCAUCAUUUUCAACUCAUAAUUAGGUUGUGUGCCUACUGUAGUUUUCUCCAUUUCUGUAUUAUAGAAAUAAAAGUUUGCAUAUUAAAAUUUGAUUUUCCCAGAGACAAAUAUUAUAUAAUGUAUCUAUAUUUAGAUCAAACUGUGGUAAUAUAUUUGUCAGAAAGUAAUGUUGGGGACUGUAGCCUGAACAUGUGGACUCGAAGUGACACAGAAAGGAGAGCCGAGGUUGAUCCCGUUGUGUAUAAGUUAUUACAUGAAAACUGAAUUCUUAUACAAAAAAACCACUGAAGAAAAAGAAAGACAAAAA